AUGACAGCAGACGAAUCUCCUCUCCCAGCACACCUGGACCCAUCCACCUAUCCCCGAACCCAGCACGAUGCCGCGCAAAACAUCCACCUCACCCUGACCUACUCCCCACUUGAUCCAAACACCUAUUUGGCGGAGACCUCGUCGGCCGCGGCCGGCGCCAACACUCUCUUCCUCGGAACCACGCGGGAUACUUUCGAAGGCCGCUCGGUCUCGCAAUUGAGCUAUACGACCUAUCCGCCUCUUGCGCUGAAGACGUUCAAGGCGAUUGCGGAAGAUGCGGUUCAAAAACAUCAACUCAAGGGUGUGAGCAUUGCGCAUCGUCUGGGGGUGGUGCCGAUCAAAGAGGCCUCGAUUGCGAUUGCUGUGAGUGCGGGCCAUCGUGCGGCGGCGUGGAGGGCGGGCGAGGAGAUACUUGAAGCGUGCAAAGAGAGGGCGGAGAUUUGGAAGCGGGAGGAGUUUGUGGAUGGGGGCAUGGAGUGGAGAGCGAAUGCAGAUCGUGAUGCUGAGGGGAAUCCGGUCCAGAAAACGGGUUCAUGA